CGAGUCCCGCGGCACCGUCGUGUUCUGGUUCUUCUGCGUUCGCGUCUCACGAUGUGGCAAUUGAACUGUUUUGAAUGAGAAACCUGUUUGGGAUUGUUUUGCAUUUCUGAUCAACGAUGGAGAUGGGACACCAAACCGCUCGGGGAAGCUCUUGGAUUAUCUUCCUCUUGGCUGCAUUGUUUCUCGAUGGAAAACGCGCUCUGGCUGAACUGCGCUACUCUGUUCCCGAGGAGGUGAAGGAAUCAACGAUUGUGGGAAAUGUGGCCAAGGAUCUGGGUCUCGAUAUCAGCUCUCUGGUUGCUCGACGGUUCCGUGUUGUUUCUGAGUCCGAGGACGCGUUUUUUGAGGUAAACCCGCACAAUGGAGAAUUGUACGUCCGUAAGAGAAUAGACAGAGACGGCUUCUGUCAGGGGAGGGAGUCUUGCUUGAUCGAGCUCAAGAUCAUCGUGGAAAACCCGUUAGAAAUUCACUAUGUGGUUGUGGAAAUUACUGAUAUUAAUGACCACGCACCUUAUUUUCCUAAAGAGGAACAGAUUUUGGAAAUUGGUGAACAAACACCUCCAGGCAUUCGAUUUCAGUUGCAAGGUGCCAGUGAUCCAGAUGCUGGUUUACAUUCCAUCCGCACAUAUACGAUGACGUCGAAUGAGCUUUUUGAUUUGAACAUACGUCAAAGAGAUUCCAGUAAAAUCCCCUUUCUUAUUUUGAAAAAACACUUAGAUAGAGAACAGAAGGACGCGCAUUCGUUAAUCGUGACGGCCAUUGACGGAGGGAAACCUCAGAAAUCAGGAACAUUAAAUGUUACUGUAAUUGUUCUGGACAGUAAUGAUAAUCGUCCUACAUUCAGUCAGGAAGUAUAUCAAAUUGAAGUUAAAGAAAAUCUACCACUUGGUACCUCAAUUUAUAAGUUAAAUGCAAGAGACCUCGAUGAAGGAGUCAAUGGGGAAUUCACUUAUAAUUUUGCAAACAUUUUAGGUCAAGGAGACCACAAUGCAUUUAAAUUAGGUAGACUAAGUGGCGAAAUUAUUUUAAAUGGCACUUUAGACUAUGAAGCAAAUAAAGAUUUUGAACUUGAUGUGGAAGCAUCUGAUAAAGGAACACCACCAAUGAAAGGAGAAUGCAGAGUAAUUAUAAAAGUCAUUGAUGUGAAUGAUAAUCCACCAGAAAUUGAAGUGACGUCGUUGUCUAGCACAGUUUUUGAAAAUUCCAAACUAGGGACAGUCAUUUCCCUCAUCAAAGUGAAGGAUAAAGAUUCUGGUGUUAAUGGGAAAAUAAUCCUACAAAUAACUAAUGACGUACCGUUUGAGUUAAAACCCUCUUAUAAGGAAAACACAUAUUCAGUAGUUACAAAAACAGUUCUGGACAGAGAGGAAGUCUCUCAGUAUGAGAUCAUACUAAAAGCCACAGACUGUGGUGAACCUCCUUUGUCUUCUUUUAAAACCCUCAACAUCCAGAUAUCAGAUGUGAAUGACAACAGUCCACAUUUCCAACAAAACCCACUGGACUUUUAUCUGUCAGAAAAUAACCUGGCUGGAGCGUCAGUGUUCUCUGUGAGCGCAACUGAUAAUGAUCUGAACGAGAACGCGGCUGUUUCCUAUCAUAUAGUGAGAGAAGGAAGUAAGAACGACCUGCUGUCUUUCCUGAACAUCAACUCAGACAACGGACACAUUUCUGCUCUGAAAAGCUUUGACUUUGAGACGGUGAAGAGUUUCCAGUUCCAAGUUGUGGCCACAGAUUCUGGAAGUCCGUCACUGAGCAGCAAUGUGACAGUGAACGUGUUCAUCCUGGAUCAGAACGACAACCCUCCAGUCAUCCUGUAUCCAGUCAACUCCAACGGUUCUGCUGAAGGUGUGGAGGAGAUUCCCCGCAAUGUGAACGCAGGACACUUGGUGACUAAAGUCCGAGCUUAUGACGCUGAUGUAGGUUACAACGGCUGGUUGCUGUUUUCACUGCAGCAAGUUUCUGACCACAGCCUCUUUGGUUUGGACCGCUAUACGGGACAGAUCAGAACUCUCCGCUCGUUCACAGAGACAGACGAGGCGGAACAUAAACUGGUCAUACUGGUCAAAGACAAUGGGAACGUGUCUCUCUCAGCAACAGCUACUGUGCUGGUCAAAGUUGUGGAGCCCAAAGAGGCUUUUGCUGCUUCUGAUGUGAAAAGCUCAGCAAAAGUGGAUGAAGACACGGAUGUGACUUUUUACCUGAUGAUCACUUUGGGCUCCGUUUCAGUCCUUUUCAUCAUCAGCAUCAUAGUGUUGAUCGCAAUGCAGUGCUCCAAAUCCACAGACUACACUUCUAAAUAUCUCCAAGAGACCAACUAUGAUGGAACUCUGUGCCACAGCAUCCAGUACAGAUCUGGAGACAAGCGCUACAUGCUAGUUGGACCCAGAAUGAGUAUUGGAUCUACUAUAGUUCCUGGCAGCCAUGCCAACACUCUGGUGCUGCCUGACAGGAGGAGGCCUUCUGAAGAGGUAGGAGCUGUGGUCACUUAUGUUGGAUAGUUAGGCAUGUUCUCUGACCAUGGUGCUGAAAUGCUCGCAAAUGCUGCUCAUUGUUUUUUUCCCCAAGUAAACACUGUCGAUUUAUUUAAAAACAAAAAUUGCAUUUCGGAUAUUUU